CACAAUUUACCAGCUGUUUGCCACAGACUUAGCAGUAGUGCGAGAGGGGAUUCACGCUGUAGAGGGCAGUGUGAAGGUGGUGGAGGAGACAACACAAGACCUCACAGCACGUAACACCACAUUGGAGGCCACAACGGGCGAGAUUCAUAGAGCCCACAAACAACUCGAACAACGCUUAGAUGACAGGAAGAUAGGCACAGACACCGGAAUGUACAAAUCAGGAGUAUUCCAGAGAGCAUAA